UCCUUUUUUCUUAUGAUCAUUGGGUUUUAGGGCUUUCUGUGAAAUUGCAUGCUGUGGGUGUUUUUUCUUUUUCAAAAAUUUGGCGAGUUUUUGGGGUUUGAUUUUGGGUUCUUGUAAGCUUAGCUAAAUGGUUGAAAAUUGAUUCUCUCUCUUUUUAUUAUUUUUAUUUUGUUGGAUGAAUGCGAAUUGAAAAUUGAAAGGUUGAACUUUUCUUUUUCUUUUUAGUGUGAUAUUUCUUAUAACUUGUAAGGUGGAGUAAGCGAGAGUUCAGGAAUUUCUUUGUACUUUUUCUGCACACAUUUUAGCUGCGAUCGUCGCGCAGCCGAAAGGUGCUGAUUUGUAGUUCAAUCUUUUCAGAAGCAAGGAUUUCUACCUUUUUUUUUUUUAAUCUGUGGGGAAUUUAUUGUUAUUAAAAAACAAGUUUAGAAAGCUGUGAUCAGAAAAAUGCGAUCUUUUGUUUGUGGGAGGUGUUAAUUUUAAGAAUGUGACUUACCUUUUAUAGAGCCAAUUGCUUGGAGUUCAAAAUUUUCUCGGGGUUUCUCUUUUGGUAGCUGAGGGUUCCGAGGGUUGAGGGAAAUUGAGCACAAGAAACGUUUGAGGGAGCUUUUUUUGGUGCAAGAAUGGGUGAUCACAUGGUUUUAUGUGUGGACCGCCUCAUAACAUCUGAAAGUUUGCCAUUGCUGCAAGGAACUACUGCUCCAGGAUCUUCUUUAGAACCUUCAUCUUCUCAGAAUUCAGAGCCACCUGUUUGUGCUAUUUCUGUUGAAGAUGCGGAUGAACAUGAUGGAUCUGAAGAUGACCCCCUUAUUCAGACAGUUGAAUGUCGCAUAUGUCAAGAAGAGGAUAGUAUUAAGAAUUUGGAGAUUCCUUGUGCUUGCAGUGGCAGCUUGAAGUAUGCUCACAGGAAAUGUGUCCAGCGAUGGUGCAAUGAAAAGGGAGAUAUAACUUGUGAAAUCUGUCAUCAGAAUUAUCAGCCUGGUUAUACCUUGCCCACACCUCCCCCUCACACAGAAGAUGCCACCAUCGAUAUCAGUGAAGGUUGGGCAGUCUCUGAAACUGCCUUAGAUUUGCACGAUCCACGACUUUUGGCAAUGGCAGAACGCCACUUUCUUGAGGCAGAAUAUGAUGAAUAUGCUGAUGCCAGUGCGAAUGGAACUGCAUUUUGCCGAUCUGCUGCUCUUAUUUUAUUGGCUCUUUUACUGUUGAGGCAUGCUCUGUACCUUACAAACGGUGACGGAGAAGAUGAUGCUUACACUUUCUUCUCGCUUUUAUUGCUGCGAGCUGCUGGUUUUCUUCUUCCUUGUUACAUCAUGGCAUGGGCCAUCAGCAUACUACAGCGUCGAAGACAAAGACAGGAAGCAGCUGCUCUUGCAGCAACUGAAGUUGCAUUUAUGCUGCAGGCAGCACAAGGUCAGAGCCUGCAGUUUACCCUUGCUCCAGGGCCCGUAGCUACUCCUCAUCCGGAGCCACUCCAAUAAUGAUGUUGCUUUAUGAGUGCAGAGAGGAAUUAUAUAUAAAAUAUUAACUUCAACCCAAAUUUAUUCUACUGUACUUCACCUUGGUUUUUUCCUUAGAAAAAUAUCAGUAAACUGUAAUUUACUACAUGCCUCUUAGCAUCCUCCUGUGUAAGUUUUUUUAGUACUGCUUAAACCUGUCUCUUGCAUUCUGUCAUCUUCAAUUUCUGAGUUGUAUGUAUAUAGAAUCAGUGAUGGCUCUGUUCCGAGGUUUUUACCAUCGAUAUCUAAUUACUGAGUUAUGAUGAAGUUGGCAAAAAUUAAAGUUGUUGGGUUGUAAUAAAUUUAGUUAAUGAAUAUGUUGCCACAAGGCUCUCCAAA